UUAGAGCCGUGGCCUCUGUUCACUUCUUGAAGCCUCAGAGACGCACUGCGAGCCACAGCUUCCUCUGACAACUGCAAAUAUGGAAUGAACUGUGGAAAUACAUAAACAAGACCUUAUCAUCAGUGAAGAAAGAGCCGAUCGCCAUGGAGCCAAAUGGAUCAGCGACAUCCCCCCAGGACAGGCCGAUGCCCCGAUGGAGCCUGAGCUCCGGCUCCGGUCUACAUUAUGGCUCUUUCGUAAACAGCCUUUCAUCACUCACACCACAGGCGGUGGAGAAAUCCGCCAUACCUCCCAGACGUGCCUAUAUAGCUGUAGCUGUGCUGUGCUACGUCAACCUGAUCAACUACAUGGAACGGUACACAAUAGCAGGCGUCCUCCUCAACAUUCAGAAGUUCUUUGUUAUAAGCGACAGCACAGCUGCACUUCUGCAAACAGUCUUCAUCUGCAGCUUCUUACUCAUGGCCCCUCUCUUUGGUUACCUUGGGGACCGCUACAAUCGGAAAUACAUCAUGAUUGGUGGUUUGAGCGUGUGGCUUGUGACUGCGGCCGCCAGCUCUUUCGUCACUGAGUCGUACUUCUGGCUUCUGAUGGUGUUGCGAGGCCUGGUGGGGAUAGGAGAGGCCAGCUACUCCACCAUUGCUCCCACCAUCAUCGGUGACCUCUUUUUUGGGGCUCAACGGAGCACUAUGAUCUGCAUCUUCUACAUCUUUAUCCCUGUGGGAAGUGGUCUUGGAUACAUAACAGGGGCAGGGAUCGCGACCCUCACAGGGGACUGGCACUGGGCUCUCAGGAUCACUCCGAUCAUGGGUGUAGUGGGACUUGUCUUGCUGGUCCUCUUAUGCCCUAACCCACCCAGGGGUGCUGCUGAAACCUGCGGGGAGGGAGUUACAAGGAAGAGCUCAUACCUGGAAGAUGUCAAGUAUCUUCUGAAAAAUAAAAGUUAUGUGUGGUCAUCACUGGGAGUGACGGCGACUGCCUUCCUCGUCGGAGCCCUGGCUUUCUGGACGCCCACUUUCCUCUCCAGAGCUCGGGUCUUUCAGGGGCUCCUGCCUGCAUGCAGCGCAGAGCCCUGCAACGCCACAGACAGUUAUAUCUUCGGAGCUGUGACGGUGGUGACGGGCAUUCUGGGAGGGUGUCUUGGCACUCUUUUAUCAAGACGGUUUAGGGGCAACAUGCCAAACGUGGACCCUCUCAUCUGUGCAGUAGGCCUGCUGGGAUCAGGCCCCUGCCUCUUUAUUGCCAUCUUUGUGGCAUCGGCGAGCAUUCCCACCACUUAUGUAUUCAUUUUCUUAGGUGAAGUAUUGAUAUCUCUGAACUGGGCUGUCAUGGCUGAUAUAUUGCUGUACAUCGUUAUACCAACCAGACGGUCAACAGGUGAGGCUCUCCAGAUUACAGUCUGCCAUCUCCUGGGUGAUGCUGGGAGUCCUUACCUAGUAGGAGUGAUUUCUGAUGCUAUACGGAGAUCCAAUCCUGAGACUCAUGGUUGGAACUUCCGCAGUCUGAAGUACAGCCUCAUGGUGUGCGUAUUUGUUGGGAUCCUGGGCGGAGUGUUUUUCCUCAUGACUGCAGUCUACAUUAGCGAAGACAAGAAAGCUGUUCUGCAAUUCAUUGAAGAUGAUCUUCCACCACAACAGGGGCCUGCAUCUGAGCCCUCCACAGAACUCAGCAACCAGGAGAAAUGAGUAAUGCUGGACAAAAGCGACCAUGCAGUUAACUUAUGUGUAAAUAUUUGGAGCAAAGUUAAUAUCUGCUGCUGUGGACAGCAGGAUGUUGAUGCUGACUUGAAAAGGUCUUUUUUUUUAAAUCACUUUACAGCCGCACACUGAUGACAAAUGCAGAGGAAACUUGUUUUCACAUUGUCAGAGCAUCAAAUGCCUUUUAAAAAAUGUUUGCUUGCCAGGUUCAAAUUAUACUUCCUUUAGAUGAGCUCAAGUCCAUUUUGUGUGUAGCCUAUAACCCAAAGUCAGCAUACGACAGCCUCUACCACUGGACCCUCCAUUCGGAUGAGGAAGACUCACUCCAGCAGGGGAACAAAGGAAGAAAAGUGCAAUCACUGAAAUUUUGACGAAAAAAAAAAUCUGAUCUUAUUACAAUAAUACCUCUCAUUCAGGUGUACUGUGCAGUGCAGUUGUAAAGCAAAUGAUUACGUUUUCUGAAUUAAAUAUUGUUUUUAACUUUUCAAUAAA